UUCUUCGACUAUUUCGCUUUGACUUCAUCGUUAGGGGCACUUAGUUCAUGCCAUGAGGCGUUACGUCAUUCAUCAACACUACACCUAACAGAAGAUCUCAUGCUCUCAAUCUCUCGUCACAAAACCUCCCUCAACCAUGGAUCCCGCAACCGUCACAGCAGGAGCCUACGGCAUCGAAACCGCCGUCGAGGCAGGCGUAGCAACAUACAUCCUCACCCAACCGACACUCCCCCUCAAAGCUCGUCUCCACCACAUCUCAUCCCCCACCACCAUCCCACGCUCUUCUCACUCGCUUUCCGUCAUCGGAGACCAGGCGUACAUUUUCGGUGGCUAUUCUCAAGAUGAGAAAAUAACGUCGAAUAAUGUCCUAGAAUUACAUAUCGAUACAACGGAUAACGCUUCGACUGCGAGUCUCAAAACUAUUACUGCAAUUGGAGAGAAUGGAAAUGUACCGCGGAGCCGUGUUGAUCAUACAGCGACUGUAGCACGGAAUCGGGUUUUUGUGUUUGGUGGUCGUGAUGCUUCAGCCAUUGAGGAGAAUGGCAGGUUGUGGGUCUUUGAUCCGUUGGAUUCGAAAUGGAUAUUUUUGGAUCCACCUCCGCAUACUUCUUUCCCUUGUGCAAGGUACAAACAUGCCAGUACUGCUAGCGAAGAUGGGAGUGCGGUUUUUAUUCAUGGAGGGUGUGCGGCUGAUGGUUCCUUGUGGAAGGAUACUUGGGCAUUCUAUCUCGAUGAAGGGAAAUGGACUCGGUUGGGGGAUGCUCCUGGUGCAGGAAGAAGUGGUGCUAGUAUUGCUUGUUGCAAGGGCAAGCUGUGGAGAUUUGGAGGUUGGGAUGGAGAGAGGGUGAUUGAAGGGCUGGAUGUUCUGGAAUUGCCGAAGCCUCACUCGAUUGAGUUGGCUGGGACUCUGGAUGAUUCGAGGAGGGAAUGGGAAGUUGUCUCUGUUGAGAAGGAAAAGCCUCAAGCGAGGAGCAUGGCAGCGUUGCAUUAUGUUACUACGGGGAACGGGAGAGAUUAUCUGGUGUUAGCGCUGGGAGAGGGAGAUGCUCAACCUGGAGAGGGAAAGCUGCUCCAAGAUUUGUGGGCUUAUCAAUUGCCGUCUUCUGGACUGUCGGGUGCGGGAGUAAAAGAUGCUAUCAGAGAAAAGAUCCCGGGCGUCAGUAGUCAUGAGGGAGAAUGGGCACCUGUUGAAGUGACGAGAAUAGAAAUUGGUGAAGACGAGAAGCAAGGAGGGACUUGGACAGGUCGAAGCUUCUUUGGGAGCUCGAUGACCGGAACCAAGCAAUUCAUGCUGUGGGGUGGGCUGAAUGAGCUAGGCGAGGGUUUGGGAGAUGGUUGGUGGGUGAAGAUCGAGUAAUAGCUAGUUGUUACUAUUGCAGUCGGGAC